GCAGACAGACGAGCGUGUUUGAAACGUUUUGUGGAGGGAUUGCAUGAAGUUACUCUGACCGUACUGUGUUAUUUUUUGUUUUUGUAGCAAUCUUCUCCUCUCCUGCGUGGCAGAGGAGGAACAGCACAUUCGUUACUAGUUCUUGUCCACGUUAAAAUACCCUCUGACCUAACCAAAGGCUACUUUUUGGAUUGUUUGGGCCCGUGUUGAUCACGGAACGAACACAGCGAAGUUAUGGCGGAUGUUACUGCUCGUAGCUUGCAGUAUGAGUACAAAGCGAACUCUAACUUGGUGUUGCAAGCGGACCGCUCGCUUAUCGACCGCACGCGUCGCGAUGAGCCGACCGGAGAGGUGCUGUCUCUGGUGGGGAAGCUGGAGGGGACCAAGAUGGGGGAUAAGGCACAGAGGACCAAACCCCAGAUGCAGGAGGAGAGACGCGCCAAGAGGAGGAAGCGUGAUGAGGAUCGUCAUGACAUCAACAAGAUGAAGGGCUUCACGCUGCUGUCUGAGGGGAUUGACGACAUGGUGGGCAUCGUCUACAAGCCCAAGACCAAGGAGACUCGCGAGACAUAUGAGAUCCUACUCAGCUUCAUACAGGCUGCACUGGGGGAUCAGCCUCGUGAUAUCCUGUGUGGAGCUGCUGACGAGGUCUUGGCGGUAUUGAAGAGUGAUAAGCUGCGCGAUAAGGAGCGUCGUCGGGAGGUGGAGCAGCUUCUGGGGCCGUCUGAUGACACGCGCUACCACGUGCUGGUCAACCUGGGCAAGAAGAUCUCCGACUACGGGGGAGACAAGGAACUACAGAGCAUGGACGACAACAUUGAUGAGACGUAUGGAGUCAACGUGCAGUUUGAAUCGGAUGAGGAGGAGGGGGAUGAGGACCAGUUUGGAGAGGUGCGAGACGAAGGCUCAGACGACGAGAGCGAAGGAGAGGAAGCGGACACCACCGGACAGCUCACCGCUAAUCUGGGUGCCACAGGUGAUAUGAUGUCCGCUAAGAAGAAGGAUCUUCACCCGCGAGACAUCGACGCCUUCUGGCUGCAGAGGCAGCUGAGCCGUUUCUACGACGACGCCAUCGUGUCACAGAAGAAGGCCGACGAGGUCUUGGAGAUUCUCAAGACGGCGAGUGAUGAUCGUGAGUGUGAGAAUCAGCUGGUGCAGCUGCUGGGAUUCAACACCUUCGACUUCAUCAGAGUCCUACGCCAACACAGACGCAUGAUCCUGUACUGUACGAUGUUGGCCGGUGCCCAGAGCGAGGCUGAGAAGGAUCGCAUCAUCAGCAAGAUGGAGGCUGACCAGGAGCUGUCCAGAGUCCUGUACCAGCUACAGGAGACCGAGAAGGAGGACAUCAUACGGGAGGAGAGGUCUCGAAGGGAGCGGGUGAGGAAAUCCAGAGUGGACGAUCUGGAGUCCAUGGACAUCGAUCACGGACAGUCUGCGUCGUCUCGCCAGAUGUUGGACCUGGAGGACCUGACGUUCACGCAGGGCAGCCACUUCAUGGCCAACAAGAGAUGCCAGCUGCCCGACGGAUCCUUCCGGAAGCAGAGGAAGGGCUAUGAGGAGGUGCACGUCCCCGCACUCAAACCAAAACCCUUCGCCGACGACGAGACCCUGGUGAGCGUUGAGAAGAUCCCCAAGUAUGCACAGGCCGCCUUCGAGGGCUUCAAGAGCCUGAACCGCAUCCAGAGCAAACUCUUCAAGAGCGCCAUGGAGACCGACGAGAACCUGCUAGUCUGCGCUCCCACCGGUGCGGGUAAGACCAACGUGGCGUUGAUGGCGAUGAUUCGUGAGAUCGGGAAGCACAUCAACAUGGACGGCACCAUCAUGACGGAGCAGUUCAAGAUCAUCUACAUCGCGCCCAUGAGGUCACUGGUACAGGAGAUGGUGGGCAGCUUUGGAAAGCGCCUGGCGAGCUAUGGCAUCGUGGUGUCUGAGUUGACGGGGGACCAUCAGCUGUGUAAAGAGGAGAUCAACGCCACUCAGAUCAUCGUCUGCACGCCCGAGAAAUGGGACAUCAUCACGCGCAAGGGGGGCGAGCGCACAUACACACAGCUCGUCAGGCUCAUCAUUAUUGAUGAGAUCCACUUGCUGCAUGAUGACCGUGGUCCGGUUCUGGAGUCUCUGAUCGCGCGUACGAUCCGCAACGUGGAGCUGACCCAGGAGGACGUGCGGCUGAUCGGACUCAGCGCCACGCUGCCCAACUACGAAGACGUGGCCACAUGCCUACGGGUCGACCCCGCCAAGGGGCUCUUCUACUUUGACAACAGCUUCCGUCCCGUGCCGCUGGAGCAGACGUACGUGGGCAUCACAGAGAAGAAAGCCAUCAAGAGAUUCCAGAUCAUGAACGAAAUCGUCUACGAGAAGAUCAUGGAACACGCCGGAAAGAACCAGGUGUUGGUGUUUGUCCACUCGCGUAAGGAGACGGGUAAGACGGCUCGUGCCAUCAGGGACAUGUGUCUGGAGAAGGACACGCUGGGCCUGUUCCUCCGGGAGGGGUCCGCUUCCACUGAGGUGCUCAGGACCGAGGCAGAACAGUGCAAGAACCUGGAGCUUAAGGACCUUCUCCCGUACGGUUUUGCCAUCCACCACGCCGGCAUGACCAGAGUCGACAGAACACUCGUGGAAGACCUGUUCGCCGACCGACACAUCCAGGUGCUGGUGUCCACCGCUACCUUGGCGUGGGGUGUGAACUUGCCGGCCCACACCGUCAUCAUCAAGGGGACGCAGGUUUACAGCCCAGAGAAGGGGCGCUGGACAGAACUGGGGGCCCUCGACAUCCUACAGAUGCUGGGUCGUGCUGGUCGUCCCCAGUAUGACACUAAGGGAGAAGGUAUUCUGAUCACGUCCCAUGGAGAGCUGCAAUACUACCUGUCCCUCCUCAACCAACAGCUGCCCAUCGAGAGCCAGAUGGUUGCUAAGCUACCAGACAUGCUCAACGCUGAGGUGGUGCUGGGAAACGUGCAGAACACCAAGGACGCGGUGAACUGGCUGGGCUACACCUACCUGUACGUGCGCAUGCUGCGGAACCCUACGCUCUACGGCGUGUCACAUGACGACCGGGCUACCGACCCGCUAUUGGACCGACGGCGACUGGACCUCAUACACACGGCCGCCACCGUCCUGGAGAAGAACAACCUGGUCAAAUACGACAAGAGAAGCGGAGCCUUCCAGGUGACGGACCUGGGUCGCAUUGCGAGUCACUUCUACAUCACGCAUGACUCCAUCAUGACCUAUAACCAGCUGCUGAAGCCCACGCUCUCCGAGAUCGAGCUCUUCCGGGUCUUCUCUCUCUCCUCGGAGUUCAGGAACAUCACCGUCAGAGAGGAGGAAAAGCUGGAGCUUCAGAAACUGCUGGAGAGGGUUCCGAUCCCUGUCAAGGAGAGCAUCGAGGAACCCAGCGCCAAGAUCAACGUGCUGCUGCAGGCCUACAUCUCUCAGCUGAAGCUGGAAGGAUUCGCCCUGAUGGCAGACAUGGUCUACAUCACACAGAGCGCGGGGCGUUUGAUGAGGGCCAUCUUUGAGAUCGUGCUGGGUCGCGGCUGGGCUCAGCUGACUGACAAGACCAUGAACCUCUGCAAGAUGAUCGACAAGAGGAUGUGGCUGUCCAUGUCUCCGCUGCGUCAGUUCCGGAAGCUUCCUGAGGAGGUCAUCAAGAAGAUCGAGAAGAAGAACUUCCCCUUCGAGAGGCUCUACGACCUGAACCACAACGAGAUCGGUGAGCUGAUCCGUAUGCCUAAGAUGGGGAAGACCAUCCACAAGUAUCUGCACCAGUUCCCUAAGCUGGACCUGGCCGUCCACAUCCAGCCAAUCACACGCUCCACACUCAAGGUGGAACUCACCAUCACACCCGACUUCCAGUGGGACGAGAAGGUGCAUGGCUCGUCGGAGGCCUUCUGGAUCCUGGUGGAGGAUGUGGACAGCGAGGUGGUGCUGCAUCACGAGUACUUCCUGCUCAAGGCCAAGUACGCGCAGGACGAACACCUCGUCACCUUCUUCGUGCCCGUCUUCGAACCCCUGCCACCGCAGUACUUCAUACGAGUCGUGUCUGACCGCUGGCUCUCGUGUGAGACUCAGCUCCCGGUGUCGUUCCGCCACCUCCUGCUGCCAGAGAAGUACCCGCCCCCCACCGAGCUGCUGGACCUCCAGCCCCUCCCCGUCUCCGCCCUGCGGAACGCCGCCUUUGAGAGCCUGUACAGCCACAAGUUCCCCUUCUUCAACCCCAUACAGACACAAGUGUUCAACGCGGUGUACAACAGUGAUGACAAUGUGUUUGUUGGCGCCCCCACGGGUAGUGGCAAGACCAUCUGUGCCGAGUUCGCCAUCUUGAGGAUGCUGCUGCACAACGCAGAGGGCAGAUGUGUUUACAUCACACCCAUGGAGGCCCUCGCAGAACAGGUGUUUGCUGAUUGGCAGGCCAAGUUCUCUGAGCCGCUGAGUAAGAAAGUGGUGAUCCUGACUGGAGAGACCAGCACAGACCUCAAGCUGCUGGGGAAAGGUGACAUCAUCGUGUCGACUCCUGACAAGUGGGACAUCCUGUCACGCCGCUGGAAGCAGAGGAAGAACGUUCAGAACGUCAGCCUGUUUAUCGUGGACGAGACACACCUCAUAGGAGGAGAGAACGGGCCGGUGCUGGAGGUCAUCUGCUCCAGGAUGCGUUACAUCUCGUCCCAGAUCGAGCGCCCGAUCCGCAUGGUGGCCCUCAGCUCCUCAUUGGCCAACGCCAAGGACGUCGCCCAUUGGCUGGGAUGCAGCGCCACGGCAACCUUCAACUUCCACCCCAACGUGCGCCCGGUACCCCUGGAGCUGCACAUCCAGGGCUUCAAUGUGAGCCACACCCAGACGCGUCUGCUGUCGAUGGCCAAGCCGGUGUACCACGCCAUCAUGAAGCACUCGCCCAGCAAGCCGGCCGUGGUCUUCGUGCCCUCGCGACGCCAGACCAGGCUCACCGCCAUCGACAUACUCACCUUCUGCGCUGCCGACGUGGUGCCUCAGAGGUUCCUGCACUGUACGGAGAAGGACUUGGCUCCGUUUCUGGAGAAGUUGAGUGACGUGACGCUGAAGGAGACUCUGGCCAACGGGGUGGGCUACCUACACGAGGGGCUCUCGGCAGGGGAACGACGCAUAGUGGAACAGCUCUUUAACUCAGGCGCGGUGCAGGUGGUGGUGGUGUCUCGCUCCCUCUGCUGGGGGACCAGCAUCUCAGCUCACUUGGUGGUCGUCAUGGAUACCCAGUACUACAACGGCAAGAUCCACUCCUAUGUGGACUACCCCAUCUAUGACGUGCUGCAGAUGGUGGGCAAGGCCAAUCGCCCCCUGCUGGACGAUGAAGGACGCUGCGUCAUCAUGUGCCAGGGAUCCAAGAAGGAUUUCUUCAAGAAGUUCCUGUAUGAGCCGUUGCCAGUGGAGUCCCAUCUUGACCACUGUCUCCAUGACCACUUCAACGCCGAGAUCGUCACCAAGACAGUGGAGAACAAACAGGACGCUGUGGACUACCUGACCUGGACAUUCCUCUACCGACGCAUGACGCAGAACCCCAACUACUACAACCUGCAGGGUAUGUCCCAUCGCCACUUGUCUGACCACCUGUCUGAGUUGGUUGAGAACACUCUUCAGGAUCUGGAGCAGAGCAAAUGCAUCAGCAUCGAGGACGAGAUGGACGUGGCGCCUCUUAACCUGGGCAUGAUCGCAGCAUACUACUACAUCAACUACACCACCAUAGAGUUGUUCAGCAUGUCUCUGAAUGCCAAGACGAAGAUCCGCGGCCUGAUCGAGAUCAUCUCCAACGCAGCGGAAUACAAGAACAUUCCCAUCAGACACCACGAGGACGCCCUGCUCAGACAGCUUGCCCAGAAGGUGCCUCACAAGCUGACGAACCCGAAGUUUAACGACCCGCACGUGAAGACCAACCUGCUGCUGCAAGCCCACCUGUCUCGCAUGCAGCUGAGCGCAGAGCUGCAGUCCGACACCGAGGACAUACUCAGCAAGGCGGUGCGCUUGGUCCAGGCGUGUGUGGACGUGUUGUCCAGUAAUGGCUGGUUGAGCCCGGCGCUGGCUGCUAUGGAGCUGGCCCAGAUGGCUACGCAGGCCAUGUGCUCCAAAGACUCCUACCUCAAGCAGCUGCCUCACUUCACUGCAGAACACAUCAAGAGGUGCUCAGAGAAGGGUGUGGAGAGCAUCUUUGACAUCAUGGAGUUGGAGGAUGAGGAGAGGAACGCGCUGCUGCAGCUGAGCGAAGGAGAAAUGGCCGACGUGGCGCGAUUCUGUAAUCGCUACCCCAACAUCGAACUCUCCUACGAACUGGCAGACAAGGACUCCAUCAAGAGUGGUGGUCCUGUGCUGGUGUUGGUUCAGUUGGAGAGAGAGGAGGAGGUCACCGGCCCGGUUAUCGCUCCAUUCUUCCCCCAGAAACGUGAGGAGGGCUGGUGGGUGGUGAUUGGAGAUCCCAAAUCCAACAGUCUCAUCUCCAUCAAGAGACUCACACUGCAGCAGAAGGCCAAGGUGAAGCUGGAUUUCGUGGCUCCAGUUCAGGGUGUGCACCACUACACUCUCUACUUCAUGAGCGACGCCUACAUGGGCUGCGAUCAGGAGUACAAGUUCAACGUGGACGUCAAGGAGGCCGACAGCGAAGGAGACAGCGACUCAGACUAGACACACACACACACACACACACACACACACACACACACACACACACACACACAGCAUAGUGUAGUGUAGACGUCAAGGAGGCCGACAGCGAAGGAGACAGCGACUCAGACUAGACACACACACACACACACACACACACACACACACACAGCGAAGAUGUGAUGUGUCUCCUCUCCCCAAUGUGUGUGUGUGCUUCCUAAAGUACUGGAUCCCUGGUGCUAGAUCCCUAGUUUCUUGAGUGUCUGUCUCUGCUCUCUUCUCUCCUGUUGUAACACUUUGGAGUUCAUUAUAAUUACUUUGACAUUUUUUAGUUAAAAACCCCAAACCUACGACUUCUUUUUUAUUAAUCUUAUACUGUGUCAACAUGAAGACAAAUUAAAUACAAUUUGACGUUAGAAAUGGUUGUGAUCAUGUGUGAUUCUAGUGAAAACACACACACACGGUGGCAUAAAUGUAAUUCUUAUUUGAGACGUCAGUUUUACCUUUUCCUGUCGAUACUACUUGUUUUUGACAUGUACUGUCAACAGGAAGCCAGUCAAAAUAAAUGAAAAUGAUUUUGGGAA